AUGGCUUCCUCAUCAGGUAAAAAACCUGUCAUCACGAUGGUUGUUCUUAUUCUUGCAUCAUGUUUCAUCUCUACUUCAUUCUCUGCAAGGGUGGUCUCUGAUCCUAAACCCAACACGAAUCCGCUCGGUUUUACGGCGCGUCUAAUCCAUCGUGAUUCACCGCACUCGCCAUUCUAUAACCCUAAACUUACAAGCACUGACAGAUUGAGAAGCGCGAUACAGCGAUCUUCCGACCGGUAUAACCACUACACAGGCAAUACCGUGGUACCUAAUGAAAUGCGAGCACCUGUUAGUUAUCGCACCUUCGAGUAUGUCAUAAGCCAUCGCAUAGGAACACCGGCAGUGGACACCUAUUCCAUCAUAGACACAGGUAGCGAUUUAACGUGGCUCCAGUGCAGACCAUGCGACAAUUGCUACGACCAGGAAAUACCCAUAUUCGACCCACGCAAAUCUACUAGUUACGUUAAAGUUGGUUGCGAAGAUGAUUUUUGCAAGGAAGAAUAUGGAACCACAUGCGACAGAGACGGUACUUCUUGCCGCUACGUAUUGGAUUAUGCGGACGCUGGGCAUUCCAAAGGGAUUUUGUCAACUGAAACAUUCGGCUUUCAAGAUGAUACUCGUACCGGAAACAUUGAUUUACUAGAAAUAAAAUUCGGUUGCGGACACAAUAACAGCUUUUCGUACCUAGAUCACGAAACUGGAACGAAGGGAGUACCAGGAUUGAUUGGUUUUAGUAAAGAACCUUUGUCUUUCAUUUCACAACUAGCUUUCGAUCACUUUUCCCAUUGCUUAGUGCCAAGUAAAUGGAACGAGACAAGUCUGUUACGCUUCGGAAUAGACGCAAUUAUCACUAACGAUACUACUCCAAUGAUGGAUCAUGGGAAUAUUACUACUGCAGAUUAUUAUGUGAAGCUGGAAGGAAUCAGUGUUGGCAAGACCAGACUCAAUAUCCCGAACGGAACCUUCGACAUUUCAGAAGAGGGUGACGGAGGGGUGAUUAUUGAUACUGGUUUUGGGCAGACGCAUCUUAUUCGAACAGCAUAUGAUCCGUUGAUUGCAGAAAUGAAGAAACAGAUUGAACUGGAACCGACGCUUGAUCCGAAGGAGAAUGUUUUUGACUUUUGUUACCAGACUGAUACGAGUCAGACGACAGCGGACACAAUUGGUAUGCCUGAAAUAACCCUCCAUCUAAGUGGUCUGGAUUUUGUUUUAACAAGAUGGAACAUCUGGUUAGAUCGUGGUCAUGGCGUUGUAUGCCUAACUCUGUUACCAGCAAAAGAUGAUCUGACAGUCAUAGGAGCAGAACAUCUACAGAAUGUUAAUGUAGGGUAUGAUUUGCGAAAGAAAUUAAUUUCUCUCCAGAACAGGGAUUGCAUGCAAACUUAA